AGUUGUAUGUUAACAGAAGUGGUCAUAAAAUAACCUAAAUUUGAUUUUUUUUUUUACAGCUGUCUUAUUUACAAUUAUUUUUAAAUAAUUGCAUUUAAAACAAAGUGAGCAACUAAGACAAUAUUGAAGUAUACACUUAAAUUAUGAUAUUAAUGAUUUUAAAAACAUGUAAAAAUAAUAUUUUAACUUUUGAUUAUAAGUUGUAUCAUAAGUGCAUCAUUAACAUACACUUAUUACAUCUCGAAAUUUGUGAGAGUGUACAGUUUAAGUACCCUAAAUGAGUACCGUGAAGAAUUCACUUGACGAUCAAGAUCCUGAUUAUACUAUUCCAAUAUCAACGGAUGAAAAUUUACAAGAAGUUUGCGAAGAAAAUGCUCGUACAACAACAACAAAGAAAAUAACUGACAUUAUUGAGAAAGAAUUUUCACAAGAAAUAGAUGCCAAACAAAAUGAAGUCUUACAAAUUCAAGAAAGAUUACACAAAGCAUUGAAGACUUUACAUUUAUUACGAUACGUUGUCAUAACCGAUUUUUAUAAUCGUAAACAAUGUCAAAAUUCUCAAACUCGUGAAACGCAACAAACCCGUAUCCAUCCAGCAAUUAAACAAUUGAUUGGAAAAAGUCCUAAACUAUCGUGUAAUGAUUUGGCUGUACCAUCAACAUCCACAGAUCCAAGAUUUUUAAAUGGAUAUUUGUGUCCUCCUUCUCCUAAAAAAGCCUCAACAACUGAGCAUAAUGUUAUAAAGACUGAAAAUACAACAGAAUCUUCUAAGGAAUGUAAUACAAGUAUACAGUUUAAGAGUCAAAGCAUUCAAGAUGAUGCUCCACCAAAAAAAAUUCCCCGUUAUAUACCACCAAAAAGUGGAUUACCAGAACCGACGAGUCCUUCUAGAGGUGUUAGACAUAAAGUUAGAAAACGCAUAGUGAUUGGAAAUAUUUCCAAAUGGAUUCCAAAAGAAUGGAGAGAAGAUACUGCCAGUCAUAAAUGGACGAUAUAUGUGAAAGGUAGUAAAGAGUUUCCUAAAAUUGAAGAUUUUGUAAGUAAAGUUAGAUUUUUUUUACAUCCAAGUUAUCAACCGAAUGACGUUGUCGAAGUAUCGUCUGUUCCAUUUAAUCUCUCAAGAAGAGGUUGGGGCGAAUUUCCGAUUCGGGUACAAUUACAUUUUAAAAAUCCACUUAACAAACCGAUGAAUAUUAUUCAUAAUCUCAAAUUAGAUACUACGUUUACUGGCCUUCAAACGUUAGGUUCUGAAACUGUAUUUGACAUAUGGAUUUGUACGAUGGAUCCAAAACUUUUUAUACAAGCUGAUAAAGAAAUUUGUGAUAGUUCUAAAGAAGAAAUAAAUUCAUCUGUUGUCAAUGAAGAGCACAAUUUUGAUUCAAUGAUUAUUGAAAAAUCACAGAAGUCAAGUACUACGAUUGAUUCUGAUAUAAUUAGUGGGAAAUUUGAAAAAAAUAAUUUACAAGUUCCUAAUAUAGAUAAUAAGUUAUGUGAUAUGAAAUCACAAAUACAAUUAGAUGUCAUUAAAUCAAAGUCUAUCGAUGAGACUCCACAGGCAAUAUCAGUUACGACAGAUGAUGAUAAUACACUUACAUCUAAAUGUAACAUUAAUACAAAACAAUUAGAAGAUAUGAGAUUUUCUAUUCUUCACGAUCAUAACUAUUUAAAUAAUUUUAUUUCUAACGAAACUAACUUAUUUGUAGAUAAUAAUAUUACUAUAAAACAUUCAUCAGAUAAUAGUCCAAUUAAGAAAUCCGUUAAUUCGACAGUAGAACUAUCUGGCAAUAAUACAAGUUUGAUAAAACAAUUUUCUAAUAAUCAGCAUUGUACAUUUAAUACAAAUACAGAAAAAUUAGUUGAAGAUAAUUCUAAUAUAAAUGAUAAAUGUACAAAAGUUGGAUCAUCGUCAUUAUUGAUUAGAAAUAACACUACUAAAGAAGUUAUACAAAAAGAACAUUUUAGAAAUAGUAUAAAUGAGACGAAUAAAAAUACUUUAUGUCAGAUGAACUUUAAAUCUACUUUGCGUCCAUUACAAAUUACAAUACCUCCUUCGUUUGAGCCAACUGCAGGAAAGCAUAUGUUAAUUUUACAAAAUAAUAAACGUAAUUCAACAGAGACAAAUAAUAUAUAUCUUUCUAAAGUAGAUACUACUGCCAAAUGUGCUAAAAAUUAUAAUCAAAUUAAUACGAACAAUUGUUUAAGUUAUGGUAAUUCGAAGAAGAAUAUAAUUAUUCCUAGAGGAACUAGUUUGUUAAAGAAACAAGUCAAACAAACGGGAAAUUCAACUACGAAUAAUACAAAUGAUAAUAAAUAUGCAAUUUUGGAGAUUAAACCAUCGAACAGUCUUUUGUUAAAUUUAAAUUCUAAUAUACCGGCAUUGAAAAUAGCAGAUAACGCUUCUUACAACAUGGCAAAUUUGUAUAACAAAAAUUCUUCACAUUUAGAAACAUCAUCGUUACAAAAGGAUCAAACAUUUACAAAACCAAUGAAUCAUAAUGGUAAAAUAGGAAAAUCGAGAAUCAUUUUGGGUAAAGAUAAAUGGAAGCUUCAUAGUAAAGAAGAUUUAUACAAAAAAGAUUUUAAAACGAUAGAAACUGUAAAAAUUAGAGAUGUAGAAGGUUUAUUACGAUUUAUCAUACGUAGGAUACCCAUUGUUACUCCACAUGCAUCUGAUCCAGAUUACAAACGAUUACAUCCUUAUGCUUGUACUACAGAGAAAGAAUAUUUUAAUCAUAACGUAGGUAAACGUGCAGCUUAUGAAUGGUGGCGAGCAAAAACAGUAAGAUCAUUUUUACGUAAAAAGCUAACUGCGGAAGAUAAAUUAUGGUCAGUGAAAGAGAUAAUACUUUGGGCAAGGUUGUAUGGAUAUACACCAACACGUACUUGUUUUGGCAUAGAUUCAACAACAAUAACAAGUGGAGCAAAAAGAUUACCAUGUACAGAGAUUUCUGCAACAACGUCAACGUGUACGGAACCAAUAGCAUUUAAAAAGUGGCUUCAAGCAUCUUAUGAUGCAUCAAAGAAUUCAACGAGUAACGGUGAUUCUCAAGAGGAAGACAUUGACAUUUUAACUUGUCAGGAUACUGAAAAUAAUAAAACAACGCAACAACAUACAAUUAAAUUUGGCAGUAAUAACGAAGUAACAAAAUCUAAUACUAUAUCCCUAAAUUUAGAAGAAGAAUUAUUACCGUUGCAUAAUUUUGUUUGCGAGACAACUAGAAGUAUUGGCAUUACGUUAAAACCAGAGGAAACUUUUCCUAAUGUUCUACAUUGUAGUGCAAGUCGUGUUAUGAUACGAGCUAUGGAAUGUUUUGUGGAGGAUCUUGUCAGAACGUCUUUAGUAAAAGCUUGGGAAAAGAGUAAUGGCAAAGAGUGUCCACAAACUUUGUCGCUGGAUGACGUACGUUCUGCUUUGAUGAGUCGAGAGGAGUUUGAUAUUUUUACAAAUGAAGGUUUGGGUUCGCGAGCUCAACUUAGUAAAGAGGAUUAGUUAAGAUUGCUAUCUGCUCUAGAUAUACAGGAUUACAAAAGAGGUGUAAAAAAAAAAAAACGAAUAAGAAUGUUUAUAUUUUAAAGAUGACCAACAAUAGCACAGAUCGAUAUUAAGUAAUAUUUACAGUAUUACGAGUUACUAAUACUUAUAUUGUAUUAUUACAAGAGUACAGAGAUUUUUUUUCUUUUUAGAAAAAAAAAAAGGGAAAAAAAUAUGUAUACCCAUUAGAAAUAAUUUAAUAUUUAAGCAUAUUGAAAUGAUACAUCUCUGUACGACUAUUUAUGUCACGUACAGAUAAUAAUAAUUGUAUUGAUUAAUAAUUGUAAACAUUUCAGACAGGACUUCCACAGUUAAAUGAUCAAUUUGUAAAUUGUAGAAUUUUUAUAUGACGGACUUGUAGAAAAGAUUACGAAAAUUUGAACAUUCUAGCAUUUAAUUUUGUUACUUUCAUUUUCUUUGUUUUU